AAUAACCAACAACAACACAACGACGACGACGACGGCCAAUAAUUGACGCGCCUUGCAUGUAAACAAACGGAAAGGCUCGACGCGUAGCGCUUGUUUUGGUGCAUUUUUGUUCAGACCCGCUUGAAAUGGCCCGCCGGAAUGUGUGGACGCCGGAGGAAACCCGGGAACUGCUGACGAUCAUCAAGGAGCUGGAUUUGAUGAAGCUGUUCGGCGAGGAGCGCAACACCAAGCUGUACCAAAUCACGGAGAACGAGAUGAAACAACGCGGGUACUUCGACAAGGACGCUUUUCAGAUCGAACACAAGUGGAAAAAUCUAAAGCGUUCGUACUACAAAACAAAGCGCGAAAACUACCUGGCAGAGUCGUGCGAAUAUUUCGAGGAACUGGACGAGCUGAUGGCCAUGAAGCCGCCGGCACCGUCGAGCUCCAAAGGCAAUGAAUCGGCCAGCCAACCGAAGCGACCGAGAGCGGUGCUGGAAAACUUUGACGUGCUGCUAACCAAGCUGGCCAAGGUGGAUCGGGAAAAUAACGAAGAGUUUUUCAAAAAACAGAAAGACCUAGUAGACUACGAGUUUGACCUGUUCACGCAUGACGAGCGCCAGUACACGACGAAGGUGUCGCAAAUGCUGAACCGCAACAUGAACGAUUUCUGCGUGAAAGCGCAGCAAAUUUUAUUGCAGGAAGGGGUGGUGAUACGGAUCAUCGAUGAAACGCCCACCAUGGAAGAUAGUACGGAGGAACUCGAGCUGCAAUCCAGCGACCAGCUGGCGCACCCGGUUGUGAAGAAGGAAAUUGUGAAGGAGUUUUACCAAACGUGGCGAGAGGAGGAACCAUUCUAAAGUGGGGGGGGAUGCUGACUUUCACCGUUUCCCCGGCACACACAUGCUGAUUGAUAAAUAUUAAAAACGAAAAUUCAAUUAUGCUAAGUAAAUUGUAAUCAUAUUUAGUUUAUUCGUCUCAAUAAUCAUAGCUUAACAAAUUGCAUAAUA